AUGAUGGUUUAUUCUUUCUUAUACAGACUUGCAAAACCCUCUCAUUGUGUACAGCAUGUGUUAAAUCGGUUAUAUGUCACCUUGCCUGUACAAACGUCAGCUUUACACUUACAUAGUCCAGUUUUAAUUCGGAUUAAUAAAUCUACAUUUGCUUUUCUGCACCAUCACGGUGCUUUAAGCCAAACGAGACAUUUGCAUGUUGGAUUUCAGUGCAAAAAUAAAGAUCCUCCUGAAAAGCAGGUUUCAACCACGGGAAACACACCAUCCUCAGGCCUGUCUGCUGCCCAGAAAGUGAAGCAGGCUGGACGAGAUGUCACCUAUCUGAUUGUAGUGCUGGUUGGACUCGGAGUUACAGGAGGACUUCUGUACGUCGUCUUUCAAGAACUGUUCUCAUCAUCAAGUCCAAGCAAGCUCUAUGGAAAGGCUUUUAACAAAUGCAAGUCACAUCCAGAGGUGGUCGGAGCUUUCGGCGAGCCUAUUAAAUGUUACGGAGAGACGACACGGCGAGGUCGAAGACAACACGUCAGUCAUGUUGAGUACAUGAAGGACGGACAGAAACACAUGAGGCUGAAAUUCUACAUCGAAGGUUCGGAACCGGGCCUGCAAGGCACCGUCCACUCCGAAUCACGAGAGAAUCCAGAAACCGGGAAAUAUGAAUUCCGUUACAUAUUCGUGGACGUGGAGACGUACCCCAGGAGAACCAUCGUGGUUGAAGAUAACAGAUGAGAAUGUUGUAGGAGAAAUUUCUAAAAGUGAUGAUCAAAUGGGCUUAAUUACUUAAAUCCAAAAUGCAGGAAAAUGAGCAUAGGAAAAUGGAACAUUGCCUUCUGGGCAGUUUGAUUCAGACGUUUAGUCUUUUUCAAUUGAACGUGUUUUGCUUCAGCAUUGAUUUGAUAUUUGAGAUUGGUCAUAUAAAUCUAAUCAGAUAUUUUGAUUUGUGUUUAUUUCUGUAAUGCCUGUUUUGUUUAAGGGUUUUGGUUCUUUUUGUUGCUGAGUAAAUAUCUAGAUGUAAUUCUUCUCAUUUACAAAAAAAGGUCUGGAGCUUUGGAGUGGUCUAAACAGUCAGACUUGCCCUGCUUAUAUGAGCACAGAGAAGUCACCAACUAUAGCUAUGACUUUAUUUUAGCAGAUUUAUUGCCAAAAUAGACAAUAAAGAAUUUAAAUUUGCAA